CCGCCACUGACGUGUCUCAAUCGGUCAGUCAGUAUUGAGGAGAACAGCACUAUUUUUCAUUUUUGAAGCCACACUCAGACCUGUUUUGUGGAACCAACAGGUUUUACCAGCUGCGGGAACCAUGGCGGAGCCCAGUAGACACGAUAUUUCUACUAUUUUUAAGCGACUUCGCUCCAUUCCUACAAACAAGGUUUGCUUUGAUUGUGCAGCCAAAAACCCCAGCUGGGCCAGCAUCACCUACGGUGUGUUUCUAUGUAUAGACUGCUCCGGGACACACAGGUCUCUGGGGGUGCACCUGAGCUUUAUCAGAUCCACUGAGCUGGACUUUAACUGGUCCUGGUUUCAUCUAAGGUGUAUGCAAGUGGGAGGCAAUGCCAGCGCGGUUGCGUUUUUUAAUCAGCACAACUGCACAACCAACGCGGCCAACGCCAAAUACAACAGCCGAGCUGCUCAGCUGUACAGAGAGAAGAUAAGGACCUUAGCUACACAGGCCACCAGGAGUCAUGGCACUGAGCUGUGGCUCGAUGGUCAGGCUCCGAUGUCUCCAACAUCACCAGGAGACAAGCAGGUGGACUUCUUCAGUCUGCACUCACAGGUCGAACCUGAAGAUUUCAACAUGGCCAAAAUGAGCCUGAGCUCCUACUUAUCAGAGCCGAGUUCCGCAGCCCAGAAAGAAGACAACAAAAAUGGUAACACAGAUGAAGGGCCAAGUGUGGAAAUGCUGAGUGUUUCUCCAAAGGCAAAUCCAGACCUGCCAUCUCUUCUCAAGAAGAAACCCACAGCUGCCAAGAAAACGUUGGCCUCAAAGAAAGGCGGUCUAGGCGCUCAGAAGGUCAGCAACCAGAGUUUCUCCGAGCUGGAGAAGAAAGCUCAGGCUGCUGACAAAAUGAAAGAGGAGAGUGCUGUUAACCCUAAGAGGAACGUUCAGUCUGAGGAGUCCAUUGCUCCAUCUCUGCGUCUGGCCUACAAAGAUCUGGAGCAGCAGAGGAAAAAAGACGACGCCAAGCUGAAAGGUUUAGAGGGGAAUAAGAGAGAGCAGGCAGAGAGACUGGGAAUGGGAUUAGGCAUGAGGAGUGGCGUUUCACAUUCUGUCACCUCAAACAUGCACAUCAUCCAACAGGAGAGUCCACUGGGGACAAAGACCGGCAAAGGAUGGAAGUACAGGGAGGAAGAAGAUGACGAAGGGAGCUUCACGUCCAGAAGUUCUAGAUUUGAGGAUGAGACAGAAUCAUCACGGCGGGAGGAUGACAGGGAUCGAAGCCGAAAACCAGAGCCGGACUUCUUCUUGUCAUCUAUGUCUUCACUGGACGACAGACCUGCCAGGAGGAAACCUGACACCACUGUAGUAUCAGACACAGGAGACACUCAGAAGAGGUUUGGAGAGGUCAAGGCCAUUUCCUCUGAGAUGGUCUUUGGAAAACAAGACAAUCCUGAGUAUGAGGCUAUGACCCGACUGGAGAGAAUUGCUGGAAAUAAUGCUUUGGCCAUAAGUUCAGCAGAUCUCUUUGAGGAGCAGAAGAAACAAUCAGGAAGUUCCUAUCGCCUGACUAACGUGCUGCCCAACGCUCCUGAUAUGACACAGCUAAAAAUGGGCGUGCGGUCAGUGGCGGGAAAACUCUCAGUCAUGGCCAGUGGAGUCGUCAACACCAUUCAGGAUCACUACAACUCCUGAGUCCUGGUUACUUCAUCUCAAAUUUGUCCUCUGAAAACCAGAGUGGGGUCAAUUUCUCUGUGAGUGAAAGUUCUCCACCUAGUGGAAGUUCUCUGAACCACUCUGCUCUGCGACACAUCAGUCACCCAUUCACCUGAAGUUUGUCCUGAAUACAUUCACACCUGAAUAUAUAUUUGUUUUUAAAAAUGCUGUGUAUAGAAGAGUUGGUGAAAUCCUAAAGUCUGGUGGAUAAUAUUAGUUAAUGUUGAAGAGAGGUUUCUGUGUGAAGUCGGCAGAUGAUGAAGAAUAUUUAGUUAAUGAUGUAAUUUGACUUGAUAUGUGGUUUUUGGGAGGGUGGAAUAUUUAGAAAUACUGUGUAAAGCAGCCUGUAGAGGUUUCUGGUGUCAUGAAGGUGAAAUUUGAUUUUUGAUUUUUUUUUUUCUAAUCCAAUUCUGUUCUUUCUUGGUAAGCUGAAAACCUAAGCAGCGAAGACAAUGGAAAAAACUAUCAUGAUUCGCACUUUGAUGAGAAAACCUUUCUUUUCUCACGUCUUGCACAGAAAUACCACAGGUUUGAAAGUGACCUUUUCUCCAGCCCCAAAGUGCACUUAUGUUUGCUUCUCCACAUGAAUGGGUCUGAAAUCUUAAGUGAGGAAACCUAAGGGGAACAGGUAUAUAUAAAUUAGAGUUUGUAACUGAUGUGAAACGUUUGAUUGGCUUGAAUGGCACAAAACCUUCUUAGUCCUCCAGGGAGUUACAUUUUCGUUAUCGUUGGAUGAGAAGGAGACGACGUGGAGCCUGAGAAGCUAUAAAUUUUAUAACAGUUAAAAAUAAUCUUGGAUAUUUGUUGACAUGCAGGGUUUUGUUUUUUGGUUUUUGCAGUUAGUCUACAAAAGGGGACAGUUUAUAGUUUUAAAUGCUAAAAAUAAAACUGUAUAUAAGGAAAAAAAUUAACUAAAAGAUGGGAUUAACAAAUAUCUGAGAGACUGAGAGUUUGGAAUAUCUUUUAGGAGGUUUUUUGCUAAAACAAAAAAACAUUUGCCCCUUGUUCUCAUAUUAAAAAAAGUCUGUGUCUUGAUGAAAGAUUGAGGUUUUAACCAGCACAAUAUUCUCCGCUCUCAUCAAAAGUCAAUACUGAAAUGACACAUCCCGGAGGGGUCCGCCCCAUGCUUUGAGAACCACUGCUUUAAAUGUGAGAGAUUGAGAAGUGGUGUUGAUUGUCUGUUCUGACCCUAAAAAUGUAUUUAAAAAAAAUAACCCACAAUAUGUCCAACUUUUUCUUUAAAAUGGUGUUAUAUUAUUCUGGUCCUUAAUUUAUGGGUAAUAUAUGCAUAGAAAAUAAUUGACAGUUUUGUCGGUGGUUACUUUAAGCUUGUCCUGUUACGCACCUUGUUUGUCUGUAGUGUGCUAGGAGCUGGAGUCUUUGAGAUGUUUACCUGACUUUGUGUCCACUGCAUUAAAACCUCAGCCUCAGACGCCUUGAGAGUCGAUGAUGACGAUGCUCUUGUGUAGCGCCAAUCUCCCAGUGAGCUGUUUGAUGAUAUGAUAUGAUGGUGGCAGUGUUGAGACUCAGGGCUGGAAAAACCUAAAGAAAAGCCUUGAAAAGUUUGUUGUUUUCGUUUUGUUUUAUUUGACAUCCUAUGUUUUUUUUUAGGGUUCUAUAGCUUUCGGAGCAGGAUGAUUAUGUUUCUGAUGGAUUUGCUUUGCUGUUUAUGCCUUUUGUGAGCUCGACUUGUUCAAGUCUAGGAAAAACACUAAAAUGUUCUAGAAUGUUUCUUUGCUGGUCAACUUUGUGUUUACUCAGUCACGAGAUGCCUUAUUCCAAAGACCUCUUUAAGCUUUCAUAUUCAGAUAUUCUAAUGCUGUGGAGUCGUGUUUCUGUUUUGCACUUGUUUAGAAAUUGCACGUGGUCGGAAGUUUUUUGUUUUUUCUUUGCUUGAAUGUACUGUUUUGCAAAUCACAGCUAAGCGUCAGAGUUGGUAAUGUGUCCAUGGUUUACUUGUUUUCUUCAUUUAAUAAAAUAUAUGCAUUUUCUGCUGUAAAAUGUUAGUAAUUGUUACAUAGAAAGUGUAUGUUAUAACUACAUUAUUUGCAUGGCUCUUGUUACGCAACAUGAAUAUAUGAGACUGCUAAGAACAUUUAGAGAGUAACUACUUGUGUAUUUGGAGGACAGUGUUGGACAUAGGGCUUUGAGUUGCCGAAAAACAUAAGAGUUUGUUAUCUGAUUUUGGACAUUUUUGAUCUCAUAAACGUUUUUGGGAACAUGCCUAAUAAAUGGCUUGAACUUAAA